CAGCGCUGACCCGGAAGCACAUGUCCAUCACCCGGAAGUGCGCGCGGCAUGGCGGCGGUACCGGCUGAGCCGAGCCUGGACGCGUUGCCGGACUCGCUGCUCCUGGAGAUUCUCUCGCAGUUGCCGCUGAGGGAGCGGCUGCGCGGGGCCAGGGUCUGCAGGCGCUGGUGCCGUCUGGUGCAGGACAAGGUGCUCUGGAGACACGUGGAUCUAACGCCCUACGAGAUCAGCCUGAAGAACCUGCGGCACCUGCUGCAGCAUCACCUGCGCAGCAACGUGAGAACACUGAAGAUGAGAGGAACCCUCUCCGAGGCGCUGCUGCAGGACCUGGGGAAGAAGUGUCCGGGCCUCCAGAGGCUGUGCCUAUUGUGCACCAAGCUCCGGUAUAAGAUAGACUCGUACGUCGUGCCCUCUUCUCUGAUGACCUUGGAGCUAAGCCGCUUGGAGUUGUCUCAAUGGAUAUUUUUUGCAAAAUCUGAAGGCACCAGAGGCCUCUUACAGCUGAAGCAUCUCUUCAUUUAUGAAGUCCCUUCCUUUUCCGAUCUCCAUCUGCUAAACAUCUCUUCUCUCGCUUGCCUGCAGACGCUGACUCUCUCUGGAACCAACCAGGUGACGACUCUGGGGUUUCGUGUGGCCUCAUCAUACCUGAAGGCCCUGGAGCACCUCACACUACGCCAGUGCACCCUGAAAGACUCUGCUACUCACUUCAUUGGGUGCUACUUGAAACAGCUCCGCACUCUGGAGUUUAGCAACACUCCCUUCCUGACUGAUGCGGGCCUGCCUGACUUAAAGUCUUUGAAGUACCUGGAAACCCUUUCCCUUGAGUCCUGUGUUAAGCUUUCCUGUGAUGCCAUUGUCACUCUGGGUCAGGCACUGCCCCGGCUGAAAAGUCUUAAUUUAAGUGGGAUUCCUUUUGAUGACCAGACAGUACAUAAAAUUCAAGCAAGUUUGCCCAACUGCCAUUUUUCACCCUCCUGAAAUGCUUGCUUUGGAGGGAGCUGCACUUCUAGUGUCAGAUGUAUGCAUCCGUGUGGUGGCCAGAUUUCUCCAGGUGCCUCAACAAGGCAUCAAGCAUUGAAGGGCAAGGACCAUUUUGGUGGCUUGUAAAACGAAAACGGGUUAGUGGAAACUCCAUUCUAAAGUGACUCCCUCCCCUUCCUGUACCAAGGAAAUAUCAAAGCCAGGUGGAGGUGCACAGUGAUGCUUGCAGGGCCUGUUAGACUGAUUCAAUAUGGGUCUGUUUUAGAUUGGUAGUUGGCAGCCCAGGACCUUUUUCGUAGCUGAGUCUCUUUUUUGCAUUAAACAUCAUGCAGCAGCUCACCUGAGUGAUAACAUAGUGAAUUAUUCUAAUUAAAACCUAGCUCUGGUUGAAAAUGAGUGUCACAGCUGCACUGUGUGCAUAUUUCAAAGCAUGCCUAAAAUGAAUUUUUUGCAGGACUUUGCCCUGGGUUUGUGUUGACAAAGCAGAUACCUUCUUGUGGCAGAGCUUUGCUUCCCAGAUCAGACCUGACAAGAAUCUUAAAUUAUUUUCUUCAUGGUGCAGAAACCUCUAUACCAGUGGCUCCCAACCUUUUUUUUGCUGUGACCCUAAAUCUAGGUGACAAUCCCCGCUGCUGACUUGCUCGUGCCUGGCAGUGCCACCAGAGAUUGGGCCAGGCCGGUAUUGUGUGAGGCAGUGGCAGCAAGAGCCGCACAAACCAUGUGCCAGGAGAGCUGGAGUGAGGGGCAGACCCCCACAGAUUUGGGUCACACUCUGAGGUUGGGAGCCAGUGCUCUAUACAAACUCCUCCCUUGAUUUAAGCAGCACAUGACAUGCAGAUCAACUGAAGCACUUACCAUAGUGUAUGGGGGCAUUGUUAUGCUUUCAGAAGGCAGACACAAGGCCUGGUUCAUGUGGCUGUGCCCAACCCCCUGUGCCUUGUCAAGUUUUCAUGUUUACAGUCUGCUCGUUACCUGAUGUUACAAAGCUCUGUGUUAACAUCAGCAAGGUUUAGCUGACAGUACCAGUGUAGUUUUGUGUCUGGGAGCAAAGACUGUUGUCUGGGAUACAGUGUAAUCAAUAUUUUCUUACCUUUUAUUUUACCUUUAAAAUAAAAGUGCUUUUGAAUCUGCAAA